GGCUCCCAACACUGCUAAGGGUGACCCACAAAGCCCGGAGAGAUGGCUGGGGCCUCCGUGAAGGUGGCGGUACGCGUCCGCCCCUUUAAUUCCCGGGAGAUGAGCCGAGACUCCAAGUGCAUCAUUCAGAUGUCUGGAAGCACCACAACCAUCGUUAACCCUAAACAGCCCAAGGAGACACCCAAAAGCUUCAGCUUCGACUACUCCUACUGGUCGCACACCUCGCCUGAGGACAUCAACUACGCCUCCCAGAAGCAGGUGUACCGGGACAUCGGCGAGGAGAUGCUGCAGCAUGCCUUUGAGGGCUACAACGUGUGCAUCUUCGCCUACGGGCAGACGGGGGCUGGCAAGUCCUACACCAUGAUGGGCAAGCAGGAGAAGGACCAGCAGGGCAUCAUCCCCCAGCUCUGUGAGGACCUGUUCUCCCGUAUCAACGACACAACCAAUGAUAACAUGUCCUACUCCGUGGAGGUCAGCUACAUGGAGAUUUACUGUGAGCGUGUCCGUGACCUCCUGAAUCCCAAGAACAAGGGCAACCUACGUGUGAGAGAGCACCCGCUGAUGGGGCCGUACGUGGAGGACCUCUCCAAGCUGGCUGUCACUUCCUACAAUGACAUUCAGGACCUCAUGGACUCAGGGAACAAGGCCAGGACCGUGGCGGCCACAAACAUGAAUGAAACCAGCAGCCGCUCCCAUGCCGUCUUCAACAUCAUCUUCACCCAGAAGCGCCAUGAUGCGGAGACCAACAUCACCACAGAGAAAGUGAGCAAAAUCAGCCUGGUGGACCUGGCCGGGAGUGAGCGGGCCGACUCCACAGGAGCCAAGGGCACACGUCUCAAGGAGGGAGCCAACAUCAACAAGUCCUUGACCACGCUGGGGAAGGUCAUCUCUGCUCUGGCCGAAAUGGACUCUGGGCCCAAUAAGAACAAGAAAAAGAAGAAGACAGAUUUCAUUCCAUACAGAGAUUCCGUGCUGACCUGGCUCCUCCGAGAAAAUCUGGGUGGGAACUCGAGGACGGCGAUGGUGGCGGCCCUGAGCCCUGCAGACAUCAACUACGACGAGACUCUGAGCACGCUGAGGUAUGCUGACCGGGCCAAACAGAUCCGCUGUAACGCCGUCAUCAAUGAGGACCCGAACAACAAGCUGAUCCGUGAGCUGAAGGACGAGGUGACCCGGCUGCGGGACCUGCUGUACGCCCAGGGUCUCGGGGACAUCACCGAUAUGACCAAUGCCCUGGUGGGCAUGAGCCCCUCGUCCUCGCUCUCGGCCCUGUCCAGCCGUGCCGCCUCCGUGUCCAGUCUGCACGAGCGCAUCUUGUUUGCCCCGGGCAGUGAGGAGGCCAUUGAGAGGCUGAAGGAGACGGAGAAGAUCAUCGCUGAGCUCAACGAGACAUGGGAGGAGAAGCUGCGGCGGACGGAAGCCAUCCGGAUGGAGAGGGAAGCCCUACUGGCCGAGAUGGGCGUGGCCAUGAGGGAGGAUGGCGGCACACUGGGGGUGUUUUCUCCCAAGAAGACGCCACAUCUCGUCAACCUGAACGAGGACCCACUGAUGUCCGAGUGUCUCCUGUACUACAUCAAGGACGGGAUCACCAGAGUGGGCCGGGAGGAUGCGGAGAGGCGGCAGGACAUCGUCCUGAGCGGGCACUUCAUCAAGGAGGAGCACUGCGUCUUCCGGAGCGACUCCCGAGGGGGCAGUGAAGCCGUGGUGACCCUGGAGCCCUGCGAGGGCGCAGACACCUAUGUCAAUGGCAAGAAAGUCACAGAGCCCAGCAUCCUGCGGUCAGGAAACCGCAUCAUCAUGGGGAAGAGCCAUGUGUUCCGGUUCAACCACCCCGAGCAGGCAAGGCAGGAACGCGAGCGCACGCCCUGCGCAGAGACACCUGCCGAGCCCGUGGACUGGGCCUUCGCCCAGCGGGAGCUGCUGGAGAAGCAGGGCAUUGACAUGAAGCAGGAGAUGGAGCAGAGGCUCCAGGAGCUGGAGGACCAGUACCGCCGGGAGCGCGAGGAGGCCACCUACCUGCUGGAGCAACAGAGGCUGGACUACGAGAGCAAGCUGGAGGCCCUGCAGAAGCAGAUGGACUCCAGGUACUACCCGGAGGUGAACGAGGAGGAGGAGGAGCCGGAGGACGAAGUCCCAUGGACGGAGAGGGAAUGUGAGCUGGCGCUCUGGGCCUUCCGGAAGUGGAAGUGGUACCAGUUCACGUCGCUGCGGGACCAGCUGUGGGGCAAUGCCAUCUUCCUCAAGGAGGCCAACGCCAUCAGUGUUGAGCUCAAGAAGAAGGUCCAGUUCCAGUUUGUCCUCCUCACGGACACGCUCUACUCCCCGCUGCCGCCGGACCUGCUGCCCCCCGAGGCCGCCAAAGACCGGGAGACUCGCCCCUUCCCCCGCACCAUUGUGGCCGUGGAGGUCCAGGACCAGAAGAAUGGGGCCACCCACUACUGGACGCUGGAGAAGCUCAGGCAGCGCCUGGACCUGAUGCGGGAGAUGUACGACCGGGCAGCUGAGGUGCCCUCCAGUGUCAUCGAGGACUGUGACAAUGUGGUGACUGGCGGAGACCCCUUCUACGACCGCUUUCCCUGGUUCCGGCUGGUGGGCAGUUCAGUCAUCUCUGGCUGCAACAGCUACCCUCUUCUCAACACAUGCAUGAGCGAGCGCAUGGCUGCUCUCACCCCCUCCCCCACCUUCUCGAGCCCCGACUCCGACGCCACCGAGCCUGCCGAGGAGCAGAGCGUGGGGGAGGAGGAGGAGGAGGAGGAGGAGGAGGAGGAGGAGGACCUGGAGGACGACGUCUUUCCGGAGCACGCGCUGUGCGACGGCCGGGACCCGUUUUACGACCGGCCCCCCCUGUUCAGUUUAGUAGGAAGGGCCUUCGUGUACCUGAGCAACCUGCUGUACCCUGUGCCCCUGGUGCACCGCGUGGCUGUCGUCAGCGAGAAGGGAGAGGUGAAGGGCUUCCUCCGCGUGGCCGUGCAGGCCACCUCAGCUGAUGAAGAGGCCCCUGACUAUGGCUCCGGCGUCCGGCAGUCAGGAACCGCCAGAAUCUCCUUCGACGACCAGCAUUUUGAAAAGUUCCAGUCUGAGUCCUGCCCAGUGGUGGGGAUGUCCCGCUCUGGGACCUCCCAGGAAGAGCUUCGUAUUGUGGAAGGUCAGGGCCAGGGUGCGGACGCUGGGCCCUCGGCCGACGAGGUCAACAACAACACUUGCUCAGCCGUGCCUCCAGAAAGCCUCCUCCUGGACAGCCCCGAGAAAGCCCCCCUGGACGGGCCCCUGGACGCUGCCCUGGACCAUCUGCGCCUGGGCAGCACCUUCACCUUCCGGGUGACCGUCCUGCAGGCAUCCAGCAUCUCUGCCGAAUACGCCGACAUCUUCUGCCAGUUCAACUUCAUCCAUCGCCAUGACGAGGCCUUCUCCACGGAGCCCCUCAAGAACACGGGGAGGGGCCCCCCACUCGGCUUCUACCAUGUCCAAAACAUUGCGGUGGAGGUGACCAAGUCCUUCAUCGAGUACAUCAAGAGCCAGCCCAUCGUGUUUGAGGUCUUCGGCCACUACCAGCAGCACCCAUUCCCACCCCUCUGCAAGGACGUGCUCAGCCCCCUGAGGCCCUCGCGCCGCCACUUCCCAAGGGUCAUGCCGCUGUCCAAGCCAGUGCCUGCUACCAAGCUCAGCACGCUAGCGCGGCCCUGCCCCGGGCCCUGUCACUGCAAGUACGACCUGCUGGUCUACUUCGAGAUCUGUGAGCUGGAGGCCAACGGCGAUUACAUUCCUGCAGUGGUGGACCACCGCGGCGGGAUGCCGUGCAUGGGGACCUUCCUGCUCCACCAGGGCAUCCAGAGACGGAUUACCGUGACCCUGCUGCAUGAGACAGGCAGCCACAUCCGCUGGAAGGAAGUUCGAGAGCUGGUCGUGGGUCGGAUCCGAAACACACCAGAAACCGAUGAGUCCCUGAUCGACCCCAACAUCUUGUCUCUUAACAUCCUGUCCUCCGAUUACAUCCACCCGGCCCAGGACGACCGGCAGUUUCUUGAUUCGGACAUGCCUAGGACCUUCUACCAGUUCGAGGCUGCGUGGGACAGCUCCAUGCACAACUCUCUCCUGCUCAACCGGGUCACCCCGUACCGAGAGAAGAUCUACAUGACUCUCUCAGCUUACAUCGAGAUGGAGAACUGCACCCAGCCAGCCAUCAUCACCAAGGACUUCUGCAUGGUCUUUUACUCUCGGGAUGCCAAGCUACCUGCUUCACGCUCUAUCCGCAACCUGUUUGGCAGUGGGAGCCUGCGGGCCUCGGAGAGCAACCGCGUGACGGGCAUCUAUGAGCUCAGUCUGUGCCACGUUGCCGAUGCCGGCAGCCCAGGGAUGCAGCGGCGGCGAAGGCGAGUGCUCGAUACAUCUGUGGCCUACGUCCGCGGCGAGGAGAACCUGGCGGGCUGGAGGCCCCGGAGUGACAGCCUCAUCCUGGACCACCAGUGGGAGCUGGAGAAGCUGAGUCUGCUGCAGGAGGUGGAGAAGACCAGACACUACCUCCUUCUGCGAGAGAAGCUGGAGACCAGCCAGCGGCCCGGCCCCGAGGCGCCGUCCCCCGCCUCCAGCGAGGACUCCGCGUCCCACGGCUCGUCCAGCCCCUGCUCCCCGCUCUCAGCCGAGGGCCGGCCGUCCCCUCCGGAGGCCCCCAGCGAGAGACAGCGGGAGCUAGCCGUCAAGUGCUUACGCCUCCUCACGCACACGUUCAACAGAGAGUACACCCACAAUCACGUCUGCAUCAGUGCCAGUGAGAGCAAGCUCUCUGAGAUGUCUGUCACCCUGCUUCGGGACCCGUCCAUGUCCCCUCUGGGGACGGCCACGCUCACCCCCUCCUCCACCUGCCCCUCUCUGGUCGAAGGGCGGUACGGAGCUGCUGAGCUGAGGACCCCUCAGCCCUGCUCCCGGCCGGCCAGUCCAGAGCCCGAACCAGUGCCAGAGACAGAUCCGAAGAAGCUUCCCUCCCCGGCUCGGGCAACGGAGGCGGACAAGGAGCCCCAGCGCCUGCUGGUUCCCGACAUCCAGGAGAUCCGGGUCAGCCCCAUCGUCUCUAAGAAGGGGUACCUGCACUUCCUGGAGCCUCACACGGCGGGCUGGGCCAAGCGCUUUGUGGUGGUGCGGCGUCCCUAUGCCUACAUGUACAACAGUGACAAGGAUGCCGUGGAGAGGUUUGUGCUCAACCUCUCCACCGCCCAGGUGGAGUACAGCGAGGACCAGCAGGCCAUGCUCAAGACGCCCAACACGUUUGCUGUGUGCACGGAGCACCGGGGCCUCCUGCUGCAGGCCGGCAGCGACAAGGACAUGCACGACUGGCUGUACGCCUUCAACCCGCUCCUGGCCGGCACCAUACGGUCCAAGCUCUCCAGAAGGCGGUCUGCCCAGAUGCGGGUGUGAGCCGGAGCCCUCCCGACAGCCAGCAGGCCGGCCCCACCCCCAGGCCUCAUCACCACCCGUCAUGUCACGCGCGCCCAGCCUGCCCCACCAGCCAGCCAGCAAGUCCCCUCUUGGGGACACCACCUCUGGCCCGGAGACCUGCGCCACACGACCUGUCCUGCUCCCAGCAGAGGCCGCGUUUGUUCUUUGUUCUUUCCGAGCGUGCCCUGGGUGGGAAGAGCUGGGAGGUGCUGGAGAGGCCAGAGGGCACAAGUCACAGGGGCAUCACCGCCGUUCUGAUAUUUUUUUAAGCAUAGACAGACUUAUAAUUAAUAUACAUUAGUUAGUGACAUUGAAACAGUCCACUCAGAAAUUAACUAUAAGACUGUGUUCUAUUUAUAAGUAUUUAUUUCUAAUGCCUUCACAUAGACCUGUAGGAUUCCGAUGGACCCUGUCCCCGCUUGCUCCCACUCACAUCCCCCAAGGCUCGUAGGGAAGGCCGUGGUAAAGGGGUGUCUGCACAGGCCGGGCACCCCCUGUUGGCACCAUGGGGGUACGCCAGGCCAGGCCCAAGCAGAGGCUUCUCCCCAGCCGCACACGGAGCAGGCCCUCAUCCCGGGGCGUGUGUGUGUGAGUGUCAGGGGACCUGGUGCCUGGAGUCCGAGCCACGGAGGGUGGCGUGGUCUUCUAGCUGGAGGUGUCUCUCCCUGGGAGCAUGGGGAGUGGGGGGAGACCAGGCAGA